UCACUGACCCACUUACCACUCUAGACGCCUCACCCCGCUUCCAACAAGCCAACAACAACAUGACUACCCUCUCGCGCAAAACAUACGCUAUCGCAGGAAUCCAGACUACGGUUUUCGGCCUCGAUGAGCUCCCGCCCCAGGCCGCGGAGGUCGCGUGUCUCUGGCUGCUGCAUCCGCGGCUCGCCACGCUGGAACGCAUGACUGCCAUUGCGACGGCGGUUAUCGUCGACUGGAACAAGCGCAUCCAGGAGGGUCGAGCGGGGCCAGGCCCAUUGCCAAAGGGACUGAUUGCCGUGGCGUUUGACCAGAGGAAUCAUGGGACGAGAUUAAUCGACCCCGUGUGUAAUGAGUCCUGGAGGGAUGGGAACCCGCGCCAUGCCCAGGAUAUGUUUGCUAUUUUUCAGGGCACCGCUCGUGACGUCUCCCUCUUAAUAGACUACCUCCCCUCCUACAUCUUCCCCCAACCCAACCGCCGCGUUAGCGAGAACCUCGUGCUGGGGAUUUCCCUCGGCGGCCAUGCAGCCUGGAGCUGCAUUCUGCACGAGCCCCGCAUCACCACGGGAGUCGUGAUCAUCGGCUGCCCCGACUAUGUAAAUCUCAUGGCGGACCGGGCGCGCCUAUCCAAGCUCUCCACAUGGACCACCCCCGCGGGCGCGGGCGCGGGCGCGACGUUCCUCGGCUCGCAGGACUUCCCGGCCUCGCUCCUGGAGACCGUCGCGCGCUACGACCCCGCGAGUCUCUUCCUGAGCUACCUCGACCUGGGGGGGCCCGAGGCGCAACCCAUCCGCGCUACCGACGCGCUUCCCGAGCCCACGGAGGCCCAGAAGGCGGCGCUGCGUCCCUUGUUCGCGCGCUGUCUGGCGGGGAAGAAGAUCCUGAAUUUGUCGGGGGGGCUAGAUAAGCUGGUUCCGUACCAUAAGGGGGAAGCCUUCCUGGAGUGGCUGAAGCGCGCGGUUGCGCCGGGCGAGGGGUGGUUUGCGGAUUGCGCGGUUACGUUUGAGGAUAUCAUUGAUCGGGAUGCGGGACACGAGGUCACGCCGGAGAUGUUUGAUGAGGUAGUGCGGUUUAUUGGGGAUACGCUUGCGGUUGGGGAGGAGGGGAACAAGGCCUAUGUGAGGGAAUCGAAGAUUUAGAUUUAUCUUAGUAGAUGUAGACUCAUAUAUAUAUAUAUAUAUAUAUAUACACAUACAUACAUGUAAAUGUACGUAUACACAUAUACUCUGUAGGUAUAUAUGUAUCAUACAGCAGGAUAUAUACUACGGGAUGUGAUACCAAGACUAGGAACUAAAUCACCUACGCAGCAAAGAGGAAAAAGCAAAGAGGAAAAAGCAAAGAAAAAGAAAUCCCUCCUUUAUGGUAUUUUAUUUAAAUCA